AAAUGGGAGCGGGAGGAACGGGAAAGCUGUAAAAAAAGGAGAAAAUGAGAACGUAGGCAGGCGGUUUAGAGGGGUUUGUGGAGGACUUAAUUUCCUCGAAAAAUGCCGUGGAAUUUCCUCGCUGCACCAACCUCUCAGGCUAUCCUGGCAACAGCUUUCGGUGUUUUUAUCUCCACUUAUAUCAGGCACACUGGCAAUGCCAAGAGCUACACUGACUGGGACUGCUCCCAUUUGGAAAUGGAAAAUCAAGACAAACAACCUGCUAUCACCAAAGACAGUAAAGUAAUGACGAGCAGUCCAAAGAAGACUAAUAAGCACUCCCUGCAAGAAUGUAAUGUAAUGCUUGCAAAGAUGUGCAGCCACCAAGUGGAUGUGUCACAGAAACUAAGGCUUUCUUUGGAAGAAUCCACUGCUGACUUCUUCGUCUUGUUCCUAUUACUGACAGGAACUAUGACGUGGACAAGCUUCUAGCAAAUACCAACCUCAUCAUGCCUUGGAAGCAAAGUCCUCUAAGUCCAAACAAGGAAAAGUAUUAAACAGUGACUUUUCCAGGCAUAGAACUGGGAUGAAAAGUCAUAGCCAGCCUGUUGUGGUCUUGACUUCAACUGGCAUCUCUUUAAUAUCAAUGGACACAACCACCUAAUUCAUCAUUUCCUCUAGAGUUUUGAUGCUGAACCAAGUCUGGACUGGACAUCCUGAUACGCAGAAGAGAUCUUUAAUUUUAUACCAUAUCCUUAAUGAUUAACUCAAGGCAAGUCACUUCUCUUCCAGCUUUCAGAAGUGGAUGCCCUCUGACGGGCUUUGGCCACCCACCCCAAAAGCGCCUGGUGUAGCGGGACGCAUGUAGGGCACCCACUGCGCUGCAUCGGACUGCCCACCCUCAGACCCACCACCGCUCUGUGUCGCGAAGCCAGCCAUAAAAUAAGGUACUGAUCAAUACUUUAUUGCCUGCUCUUUCAUGAUGAAGGCCUAUGGAGGAUCAAGUAGUCCAAGAAGAAUCAGGAUACCAGGAUGAUGAGGAAUCGUUUUUUCAGGAUAUUGACCUGCUACAAAAGCAUGGAAUUAACGUAGCAGAUAUUAAAAAACUGAAGUCAGUUGGGAUCUGCACCAUCAAAGGAAUCCAGAUGACAACAAGACGGGCGCUGUGCAAUGUAAAAGGGCUUUCAGAGGCCAAAGUGGACAAGAUUAAAGAAGCCGCAAAUAAGCUUAUUGAGCCAGGCUUCCUGACCGCAUUUGAGUACAGUGAAAAACGGAAGAUGGUAUUUCAUAUUUCUACUGGCAGCCAGGAAUUUGAUAAACUUCUGGGUGGUGGGAUUGAAAGCAUGGCAAUCACUGAGGCCUUUGGAGAGUUCCGGACAGGCAAAACCCAGCUAUCUCACACCCUUUGUGUGACAGCUCAGCUUCCAGGCCCAAGUGGCUACACAGGUGGAAAGAUUAUCUUCAUUGAUACUGAAAACACUUUCCGGCCGGACCGUCUUCGUGACAUCGCUGAUCGCUUCAAUGUCGACCACGAUGCAGUACUUGACAACGUGCUGUAUGCACGUGCAUAUACUAGUGAACAUCAGAUGGAAUUGCUCGACUAUGUUGCAGCCAAGUUCCAUGAGGAAGCUGGUAUCUUCAAGCUAUUGAUCAUUGACUCCAUAAUGGCACUCUUCCGUGUGGAUUUCAGUGGUCGUGGAGAGUUGGCUGAACGACAACAGAAACUCGCUCAGAUGCUGUCAAGGCUCCAAAAAAUAUCAGAAGAAUAUAACGUGGCUGUGUUUGUGACCAAUCAGAUGACCGCUGAUCCAGGAGCAACCAUGACGCUGACCAUUGGCCCUUCUGGUGUGAUGAAUCAUUUAAGGAUGACACCUAUAGGUUUCUCUCAGUUUUCGUAAUUUUUUGUAAAUGCUUAUUCCUGGAAUGAUGGCCUCUUUCACUGUGACUCGAAUAAAGAGAACAAACUACAGAAACUAUUGAAAACAAAACACAUUACUUUCUUGGGGAGAAGUAUAUUCAUGUAGUUUAAGGCAUGCAUUUCUUGAGCCUCUUCCAUCUGAUGAGAGAACAAUUAUGCCACUGAACAUUGCACCGGGCAUUUGAGCAUCCUAUCUUGAGGCAAGCGUGUUUGAGUCCUCUUUUGAUUUAUUUGCUUAUUUAUUAUUCAUUACUGAGUUCAGUCGCCUUGUCUGCCAGUUAAUCACACCAUUAGCCUAUGGAAUUUGCACAGUGAAUCAUCAACAUUUGCUUG